AUGGAGGAUACUACUAAGUUGAAUACCUCUAAAUUGGGGACCAAAGAGUAUUGGGAUGACUUCUAUUCUCUAGAGAAGAGGAAUUUCGAGGAAAAUCCUGAGGACCUAGGAGAAUGCUGGUUCGCGGACAAUGAUGCAGAGGAAAAAAUGGUGGAGUUUCUACUUGACAAUUUGGGGGAAUAUGAGAUUAAACAAGAUAGCACGAUGAUUGAUCUUGGGACCGGAAAUGGACAUCUUUUAUUCAGUUUGCUAGAAGAAGGAUUUAAUGGGAAGAUGGUUGGUGUUGAUUAUUCCGAAAAAUCGGUAGAGUUCGCCAAUGAAAUUCUGGAAACGAAGUAUAGUGAUAAGGAGAACGUCAAAUUUGAAGCUGCUGAUAUAUUUAGUGAUGAAUGGGCUCCAGGGACUUUUGACAUUGUAUUAGAUAAGGGAACUCUAGAUGCCAUCGCCUUGAGCGGUAUCAAAUUCAGCCAUGGGAAAACUGUGGUUGAUUUAUACCCCAAGGUUAUAGAAAAGCUUUUAAGCAAAAACAGUGUCUUUUUGAUCACUUCCUGUAACUUCACAGAAGAUGAACUAAUAAAGAUCAUUGAAACAGAUUCAUUAAAAAAAUGGAAAUCCAUACCAUACCCGGUGUUUGAGUUUGGUGGUGUUAAAGGUACUCCAAUCUGCAGUGUGGCAUUCGUUAAACUAUAG